UGAGCAGAAAGGCACAAGCGUGCCUCGUCUCUAGAGAGGCAGAGCGCGUUUCAGCGACUUGGAGACGUCUUUGGAUGAAAGAGCUGUGUAGCCGCUGCUGAAGCCGAGAAGCAGGAGCGCAGGAGUUUUAUCCCAAGUUCACCGCAGCAGGUCGUUGUGCCGGCGACCUUAACUCAGGGAAAUCUUCCUGAGGACACACUUAUACACACACAGACAAGCACAUACAAUUACACACAAUAAUACACAGGCACCAUGCAGGAGUCGGAGCCUACAGUGUGCCAGCUCCAGCCCAACAUCAUCUCAGUGCGCCUUUUUAAGAGGAAGGUUGGCGGUCUGGGCUUCCUGGUGAAGCAAAGAGUUUCCAAGCCACCUGUCAUUGUGUCAGACCUCAUCCGUGGUGGAGCAGCUGAGGAGUGUGGCCUGGUGCAAGUGGGCGACAUUGUGCUGGCAGUCAACAACAAGCCCCUGGUGGAUCUGUCAUAUGAACGGGCCCUGGAGACACUGAAGAAUGUGAUCCCUGAGAGCCAUGCCGUGCUGAUUCUCCGUGGGCCUGAGGGCUUCACCACACACCUGGAGACCACGCUGUCUGGAGAUGGGCGCCAGCGUACAGUGAGGGUCACACGCCCUGUGUUACCAUCAUCAAAGUCCUACGAGCAGUGGUCCCCUCUCAACGCAUUGAGCCCUGGGCAACAGCAGCAGGUCAACAAGGAUAACCAGCUAAGAGCCAUUGAGAACCUCUCCUCUCCAUCCAUCACCCAGUCCCUCCUACAGAGGGGAGGCAUGCAAGGCCAGGACCCCCUGCUGAUGAGGGAUGGGGGCCGUGGAACUCUCCUGUGCAACGGGCUGGAGGAAAACAAUGAACUGCUCAAGGAGAUUGAACCAGUGCUGCGCCUCAUCAAAAACAGCAAAAAGGAGAUCAAUGGAGAAGGCCAGAGGAAUGCUGGGAGAAGAGAUGCCGAGAUUCAAGUGGCCUGGGACCUUGGCGUGGGAAAUGGCACAUCCCCACAGCUGGUGCCAGAUAAUGACAGAAUGCUGGAAAACAUGCCGGUGGUGCUUAACAAUGCUGACACUGACAAGCCUCCAGCUGAGGGUAGGACCUCACCCAUUAAGUCACUGCAGAAUGGCAGCCCUUCCAAAUGCCCCCGCUUUAUAAAGAUUAAGAACUGGGAGACUGGCACCAUCUACAGUGACACACUCCACCACAGCUCCAGCAAGAUGCCAAUCUGUUCCGAAAAUGUGUGCAUGGGCUCUGUGGUGGUGCCAAACCAGCACAUCCGCAAACCAGAUGAAGUCAGAACUAAAGAAGAGCUUCUUCCACUGGCCACCGACUUCAUAGACCAGUACUAUACCUCUAUCAAAAGGUAUGGAUCUAAAGCCCAUGUGGACAGGCUGGAGGAGGUGACCAAGGAGAUAGAAGCUUCAGGAACCUAUCAACUGAAAGAUACUGAACUGAUUUAUGGAGCCAAGCAUGCCUGGAGAAAUGCUGCCAGAUGUGUGGGAAGGAUUCAGUGGUCCAAACUACAGGUUUUUGAUGCCAGAGACUGCACAACAGCCCAUGGAAUGUACAACUACAUUUGUAACCACAUUAAGUACGCCACCAACAAAGGGAAUCUGAGGUCAGCUAUCACCAUAUUUCCUCAGAGGACAGAUGGCAAACAUGAUUUUCGAGUGUGGAACAGUCAGCUGAUUCGCUAUGCUGGCUACAAACAGCCUGAUGGACGGAUCCUUGGAGAUCCUGCUAAUGUUGAAUUCACAGAGAUUUGCAUGCAGCUGGGAUGGAAAGCUCCAAAGGGUCGUUUUGAUGUUCUGCCCCUUCUGCUGCAAGCCAAUGGAAAUGACCCUGAGCUGUUUGAGAUCCCUGAAGACCUCAUUCUUGAGGUGCCAAUCACACAUCCAAAGUAUGAGUGGUUUAAAGAUCUGGGUCUGAAGUGGUACGGCCUCCCGGCGGUUUCCAACAUGCUGCUGGAAAUUGGCGGUCUGGAGUUCACGGGCUGCCCCUUCAGUGGCUGGUACAUGGGCACAGAGAUUGGUGUGAGAGACUUCUGUGACAGCUCACGCUACAACAUUCUGGAGGAGGUGGCAAACAAAAUGGCCUUAGACACCAGAAAGACAUCCUCCCUUUGGAAAGAUCAGGCACUCGUAGAGAUCAAUAUUGCUGUCCUUCACAGCUACCAGACAUGCAAAGUGACCAUAGUAGACCAUCAUUCAGCCACAGAGUCCUUCAUGAAGCACAUGGAGAAUGAGUUUCGGGUGCGAGGCGGCUGUCCUGGGGACUGGGUGUGGAUUGUGCCUCCAAUGUCAGGAAGCAUCACGCCAGUUUUCCAUCAAGAAAUGCUUAACUACCGCCUCAGCCCUUCUUUUGAGUACCAGCCCGAUCCAUGGAAUACCCAUGUGUGGAAAGGGGUCAAUGGGACACCCACAAAGAAAAGAGCCAUUGGAUUCAAGAAGCUUGCCAAGGCUGUGAAGUUUUCAGCGAAACUCAUGGGCCAAGCUAUGGCCAAGAGGGUUAAAGCCACUAUACUGUUUGCUACAGAGACGGGCAAGUCGCAAGAUUAUGCCAAAACGCUCUGUGAAAUCUUCAAGCACGCCUUUGACGCAAAGGUUAUGUCUAUGGAUGAUUAUGAUGUUGUGGACCUGGAGCAUGAAACACUGGUUUUAGUGGUGACCAGCACAUUUGGGAAUGGUGACCCACCUGAGAAUGGGGAGAAAUUUGGAGCCGCCUUAAUGGAAAUGUGCCACCCAACAACAAACACAGAAGAUAGGAAGAGCUACAAGGUCCGUUUUAACAGUGUUUCCUCUUACUCUGACACUCGGAAGUCAUCCAGCGAUGAACCAGAAACCAAAAUUAACUUUGAGAGCACCGGACCACUUGCUAAUGUCAGGUUCUCGGUGUUUGGCCUUGGCUCCAGGGCCUACCCACACUUCUGCGCCUUUGCCCACGCUGUGGACACACUGUUUGAAGAGCUGGGGGGUGAGCGCAUCCUACGCAUGGGAGAGGGAGAUGAGCUGUGUGGCCAGGAGGAGUCAUUCAGAACAUGGGCCAAGAAAGUUUUUAAGGCUGCCUGCGAUGUAUUCUGUGUUGGUGAUGACGUGAACAUUGAGAAGGCCAAUGACUCCUUAAUCAGCAAUGAUCGCAGCUGGAAGAAGAGCAAGUUCCGCUUGACUUACACGGCCGAGGCCCCAGCCCUCACAGAAGCAUUAUACAGCAUUCACAAGAAGAAAGUUUACGGAGCAAAGAUGCUUGAAUCUCAAAAUUUACAAAGUCCAAAAUCAAAUCGCUCCACCAUAUUUGUGCGGUUACACACAAACAACCACGACAGCCUGCGCUACAAGCCUGGCGACCAUCUGGGCAUCUUCCCUGGCAACCAUGAGGACCUGGUAACAGCUCUCAUAGAAAAACUGGAGGAUGCUCCACCUGUCAAUCAAAUCGUCAAAGUGGAGUUCUUGGAGGAGAGAAACACUGCCCUAGGUGUAAUCAGUAACUGGACAAAUGAGACCCGUAUCCCUCCCUGCACCAUCUACCAGGCUUUCCAGUACUUCCUGGAUAUCACCACUCCACCGAGCCCUGUGCUGCUCCAGCAGUUUGCUGCUCUAGCAACCAAUGACAAACAAAGAAAGAAACUAGAGAUCCUCAGUAAGGGCUUGCAGGAGUAUGAGGAGUGGAAGUGGUACAACAAUCCCACACUGGUGGAGGUGUUAGAAGAGUUUCCUUCUAUCCAGAUGCCCUCCACUUUGCUGCUAACCCAGCUGCCUCUUCUGCAGCCUCGCUACUAUUCUAUCAGCUCCUCUCCAGACCUGCACCCAGGGGAGAUCCAUCUCACAGUGGCUGUGGUCUCCUAUUGCACCAGAGAUGGAGAGGGACCAAUCCAUCAUGGAGUGUGUUCAUCGUGGCUUAACAGGAUAGAGAAGGGGGAGAUGGUGCCGUGCUUUGUCCGAGGUGCACCAUCAUUCCAGCUUCCCAAGGACAACCAAGCACCUUGCAUCCUUGUGGGUCCAGGAACAGGGAUUGCCCCAUUCAGAAGCUUCUGGCAACAAAGACUAUAUGACCUUGAACAAAACGGGAUGAAAUCCUGCCCAAUGAUACUGGUGUUUGGUUGUCGGCAGUCUGAGAUGGACCACAUCUACAAGGAGGAGACCAUACAGGCCAAGAAUAAAGGGGUGUUUAAGGAGCUCUACACAGCCUAUUCCAGAGAGCCUGGCAAACCAAAGAAAUAUGUACAGGAUGUACUGCGCGAGCAUCUGUCAGAGACGGUGUACCAGUGCCUGAGGCAGGAGGGCGGACACAUCUACGUGUGUGGGGAUGUGACAAUGGCAGGAGAUGUUCUCAAGACUGUCCAGCAAAUCAUCAAGCAGCAGGGCAACAUGAGCCUGGAGGAUGCUGGCUUCUUUAUCAGUAAGCUUCGGGAUGAGAAUCGCUAUCACGAAGACAUCUUUGGCGUCACCCUGCGCACCUACGAGGUCACCAACCGUAUUCGUUCAGAGUCCAUAGCCUACAUUGAGGAGAGCAAAAAAGACUCAGAUGAGGUUUUCUGCUCGUAGGUCGAUGAAUCGACAGGCUUUCUGAAAACAACAAGACACAGCACCGCUGGUUUACUAAUACUGUGCCAAUUUUUGUACUGUAAAAAAUGGGUUUGUUUGUGUUCUUUUUUUUAUAUACCAUUUUAAUGUUUCUGUUGGGCUCUGCGAUCUUGUCUGUAGCAAGUUGGAAAUGUUCUGUUCUUUGAGAAUCUGUUUUGCUUGUUGAUGAUACUUCCAAAAAUGAUCUAGUGUAAUGACCUGCCUCAUUGUGAAUGCAUGAGCAAGACAAGAAUAUAUUCAAGAAAUAUAAUAUACUCUGUGUUAUUGUUACUGUUAAAAGGCUUUUAUUGAGGUUUUAUAUUUGCAAGGAAAUGUGUGGCAUAGAUAGUAAACUUUUAUUUCUGUGUGGAUUAAGUCAACUUUACUUGUUGGGAAAGUAUAAGGACUGCUCAAAUAUAUUUGGACUGUUUUUCAUUAUCAAUAUCAAUCUCUUUAGUCCUUGACUAAGAAAAAGAAAAGAUGUAUAGGCAUGCAGACAGAGAAACUGAAGGACACGUGCUGCGGACAAAUUUAACGUAUUGACAGGUAUCCCUGAAUAAUGAAAACAUAAAUUCUGCCACUGCCUCCAUAAACAGAUUACUUUGCUCUUCAUUGGCAAUUCUUCAAAAUGCACUGGCCUCUGUGCGAGUGCCAUUUUUCUUAGUGUGCUCAUUCUGCCAUAACAUCAUAAUCUUUUGGGUCCCAGGUGGUGUUUGCUGAAACUGCAGCAGUAAUGUGCAGGGCAGCCACUAAAGACCAAACUUGAGUCGAUAUAUCUUAAAAAUAAACUUCAAUGAUAAACUAUUAACAAACAUAUAGGUCUUGAGGGCUUUUUAAUUUAACAUCUAAAUCAUACUUUGUUCAGUGUGGUAUAACGUGUUAUAAUGUGUUAAAUUAUAAAUGUCGCGGAGGAUUUUUUUAUUUUUCAUCAGCUGUUUGGAAUAAGCUAUAGAGUAAAUGACUAAUCGGUGAGUAAAUGAAUAAGUAACAACAGAAAGGAAUUGUUCAAUAUCAUGGAAAAUACAUUUAUUCACUCCAAUAGGCUAUCUCAGUGGCAGCUGUUUAAAACUUUGUUAAGAUGUGUCCUAGAUUUUGUUGUGUUGCAUUGCAGCAAAGGUUGUCCGACUAAAAUACAAGUCUGAAGAAGAAACGUAUUUAUGGGUACCUGAUGUCCAGAAUUAAAACGCUGCUGAUAUCAACAGAUUGGUCUAGCAAGGCUGUUUUCCCCAUUUCCAGGUCUUCUUACCCCUAAUUGCCCAUAAAUCAAGUUUACUAUUUUUACACUUUGGUUUUUGUACAGAAUAAACUAAUUAAAUAUAACAUGUUACUCAGUGAGCUUUAAUCGUGCCGUAUUUGCGACCUUUGUAGAGAGCCUGUUUCCAGUCUGUAUGCUAAGCUACACUAAACGGUUCUUGGCUGUAGCUUUGUAUUUGCUGUAAAAACAAAAUAUUGGUAUUGAUCUGUUCAAUUUAUUCUCAGUAAAAUAGAAAGAGCCUUUUCCUUAAAAGUAAUCCGCAACAAAACGUUGUUACUGAAGGGAAAAAGAUGCUGCCCAGUUCGUAUCCGACAGCUGUCAACUUGCUCCACUUAUCACCUAUUGAGCCUUUAAAAUAUCUAUUUAACAGCAUCAUAUCUCCUCUGCCUCUUGCCUUACAUUAACACUUUGCCUACGUUUAUGCAUUCAUCCUUUCAGUUUUUUUCUCUGCAUGUUUGUGCUACCUUGUGGCUCACGCGCCACCCCUUCACUGUGACCUGACACCUGCUCAACAGCAUCAGCACGCAUGUGUGUAUGCAUGCAUAUGUGUGCCCUUGAAAUUAUCAUAAGUGUGCGCAUCUCUAUAUACGAGUGGGUGUAAAACAUGCAUGAUCUCAGGUGUGUGUUUUUACAUGAUUAUUCUACUUGUCUGUUACCUUGUCAAACUGCUCCGAUUUUUAAAAUAAGCAUGAGUACCCUGCUCUGAGUCACACAAGCCUGCAGAUUUAAUGUUACAGAUGGUGUUUUGGUAACAGAAAGCUGCCCACAUGGCUUUUAGUUUUGAUCGCAGCAGUUCAGUUCUAUUGUUUUAAGUUCCAGCGAAGUUUCAUCCAGAGACAAGAGGCAAUCACACUGCCACUGUGGUCAUUUGCUGCUUUCCAACGAGUCAUGGUUGUAAUUUGAAAAUGUAUGUGCAGGGGCCACAUUGUUUUUUUGAUCACCCACUUUGCAUUAACCUGUGGCUUUUUCUUGUCAGCUUAUGUGUCUUGUUUAUUCCCUUUCUUUGUCUUUAAUUCAAAUUAAAUAUAGCUGUCAGCAUGACUAAUUGAUUUCAUUGUGAUCUUUAAAUGUCCUUUCCAGUUGCUGAGAGUAGCUUUUUGUUUUUCUGAUUUUGCUAUGUUAUAGUUGGGAGAUAAUGGGUGUUUCCUAUUUUCCCUGCUGUUGUUCAUUUUGGAUGAAUGUCUGCUCUGAUUUAUUUAAACACAUUUAGUUGAACUGGAAUGAAAGCUGUCAAGAAAAUGUCUGUUAUGUAAAAUGUGCAAACAGAAAAGAAUAUUAUAUAUAGCUUCUAUACAUAUAUAUAAAUAUCAAAAGACAAAGUAUAAACUAUAAAAACUACCACUACAAUCUUUUCUAAGAAUGUAUUUUGAUUAUGUAAAUGAGCACUUUGAUUCUGUUUGAUUUAAAAGGAACAAAAAAAGGCCUAUUCUUUGUCGUGUCUGUCAUAUCCUUUAGGUAUGAGGGUAAAACAGCAGCAUUAAACAAAUGCAUGAUACUUUGUCUCCUGUUCAUAUUUAAAAAGCUCUGUCUCUUUACCAGCACUGUGUCAGUUAGUGAGACUGUUUUGAGCUUGUCUGGCCUGUCUCACGGGGCCCUGGACUGUAACAACUUUGUUGAGGGGUUCUUAUUUUUCGGUGUUUGCGUAUCGCUGCUGCUAUGAACAACUCUGAUCCAAUCAGCCUCUGCUAUAAUGACCUUUGUUGUGUACUUAAUUGAGGGUAUUCCAUUUAAUGCAUCAGCUGCAAGGACUUUGCAUUUACUUACAAAUAA